AUGCUAGUGUGCCUCCACCCCCUAGCUCUCGUUGCCUUCCCCUCGUCGUUUUGCCUCUUUUUGCAUCAUCAUUCAGUCGUUCUCUCUCGCCGUAGUAGCAGGAGAAUCUGUUGCGUCCCUCUCUCUUGAAUGAAAAACAGCUUGCUCGGCCUGUUAACUUGCUAGCAGUUGAUGGAACCCGAUGAAAAUCUCUCUUUCGGACAGUCUCUUACUCUUCCUUCCUCUCCUGCCUCACCAACCUCCCCUCAUCAACCUUCUUACAAACCCUCGUCGACCUGCACGUAUGAUCCAGCACCGUUGACGAAGGCUGCAGCGCUGAGCAACGACCGAGCCCGUGGGCCAGUUUAUAAGGCGCUACCGUCGCUCGAAUCGUCGAAAGCGCAGUCAAUAUCUUGAAGAUUAUCAGAUGUGUGAUCAGUUCGUAGAUCGAAACUCGCCGUUGCAACUGCCGAGCGACCGGCUCGGCUUUAUCUCAACGACAUUAUCAAGCGGCCAUUCGACUCUAGGCAAGAGUCGGUCAAGGAAGCGAAGGAGUGGACGCCUUUCUUGACAUGCUGCAAAGUCGAAACGAGCUCGAAACCGCUCUUGUGGAACCGCGUCCUGGUGCCGUGCACGUUCGAUGCUUCUCCUCAGCACUCAUGA